AUGCCUUUUCUUAAAAAAAGAUCCAAUGAACCUCCCAGGUCCAAAAAAAUCGAAAUGGCCACCUAUAGGCAGGGUUUAAGACAUGCCAUAUUUAAUUCUGCCAAUGAUAAGUAUAUUGGAGACUGGAAAGACGAUGUAAAAUGCGGAAAGGGAAUAAUAUGGACGGCCCACGGUAAGUUAUACGAGGGCGAUAUGGAAAGAAACUACCGACACGGGUUUGGAGUGCUAGCUGGAAAAUUACCGUUACCAAUUAACAACGUCUACAGUUUGGAGUACAGAGGUGACUGGAAAAAUGGACUUAUGGACGGAGAUGGACUUAGAGUCUACCCGGAUGGUAGCUUUUAUAAAGGGCAAUUUCGGAGGGGGAAAAGACACGGUUUUGGGCAAAUAUGGUACGCAGAUGACUCGUUUUAUAGCGGUGAUUGGUUUAAGGAUGUAAGGCAAGGUUUAGGUAUGUUUGUGUGCUCAAAUGGAAAUAGAUAUGAAGGAAAAUGGUUUGACGAUUUAAAACACGGGGAAGGUCUUUAUUUCCACUUGGAUUCUGGACAAAUGCAGGAAGGAAUUUGGAAAGAAAAUUAUUGCGUUUUUAGCACCAUGAAGGAUAUACCGUUUAGACAAACCAGCACCGAUCCAACUAGAUUCGCAAUUCAAAAUGCUGAAUUACGUGACGAUGACGUUUUAAUUCGCGACAUGACGAAUCUGAUGCAAAGCCCGACUUACACUGCCCUACAGGCUUGCGUAAAAAACAAUAGUAUUACCGACAUGUCGCUGACUACAUGGUAUAUGUUGGAAAGUGAUAGCAACGUCAUUUAGUAAAAAUAUGCUUUAUUACAUUUACUUUGUAAACAUAUUUAUAAAAUACAUAUAUUAAUCUUGGAAACUAAUAUUAAAUCACAGCUUAAAAUUAUUUAACAGAAAUUUAGUACCUAGUAGUUUUAUUGACCCUUUAACAUCUUUUAAGACACUGAUUAUUUUAAUUAUUAUACCCAUGCAGUCUUUAUAUGUAGUAUUAGUAAAACUGCUAAAUUAUUAAGAAGAUAAAAUAAAUAUAAUGAGAUUUGCAAGCAAAAAUGCAUUAAUGUUUUGGUUAUUAUAUAAAAAUAUAUGAAAAUUAAGUAAUUAGGAAAAUGCAUAACCGAAAAAAACAACUAAUAAUAAGUACGCACACAACUAGGAAUGUAGGCAACCCAGGUUACACGUGGUUGCGUUACGGGUUUUAUCCCACAGAAACCGUGCAUUUUCCCGAAGACAAAUGAACAAACAAACACAACAAAGUUUAUUUUUUUUUAAUUGUUUUUUUUCAGUCGCUUUUAAUAUUCCCAACAUCCCCAUUGCACCCAAAAUCUCAAAUAAAACCGAGAUAAUUUCUCUUAAGUAAAACCUUUUGUCACUAAAAAACACAGCCUCGUAUUAACGACUAAACUACGUGUAUUCCGGAAAUUAGGUCGUUUAUGCCAUUGGAAUGGUCCAUAUCGCCCUGCUCGAUCUGUUCCUUAAGUUUUUCCAACUCCCUUAUCCCCGACAUCGUCGUUUCGUAUUUGUGAGCCACUAAAGACCUGUAAAAGUGUAUGGC